AUGGCGGACUCGGCCGCUCGCGGCACCGGUUGCAUGAGUAGCGACGCUGGCCACAACAACAGCAACAGCAAUAGCAACAACAGUAGCAACUGCAACAGGACCGCGGCCGGUAGUCGGUUCAUCUGCGUCGGUACCGAGGUUCGCCCGGACGAGCCCGGGCUGGAGGAGCUCGAUGACAGCAGCGAUCACACCUUCUCCGCUCCAUCCAUCGACGGCGGCGGCGGCGGCGGCGGCGAGGGGCUACUGUUGGAGGGGCGACGAAGGCUCGGCAACGACGAAAACGGAUCCAACAAGAACAGGUCGUCCGGGGCGGUACCACUGCUCGCGACGGGCGGCGGCGACGACCCCGAGAGCGGCGGCGGCGGAACCUUGACACGGAACGAGGCCGCCCUGGUGGUGUCGGUGAUCGGAUCGGGCAGUGACACGGCGGAGGGUGGUGGCGGCGGAUUCGGAGGUGGAGGCGGCAGUAGCACCAAUGAAUCGUCCUUCAACUCGCAAGCCCGGAACCGGCGCAAGAACUUCCGGUGUGGACUCUAUGCCCGGUUGCUGAAGCUGUUCGAGGUGUCGCAGAAGUCGGAGCGGGCGUUCCUGGUGCUCGGCGGGAUCUGUCUCGCGCUGCUGCUGAUCGUCGUCGUGCUGGCGUCCUGCUGGCCCCACAUUCCGGACUAUCUGCGCAUGGAGGUCUGCAUGGAGACGGACUGUUUCGAGGCAAGCAAACAGGUACUGACCUCAGCUCAGCCGAGGGUUGUGGCCUGUGACGAACCAUACCAGUGGGCCUGUGGGCGGUUCGAGGAACACUUCCGGACGCACGCCUUCCGCGAGAUCUACAAAGGCGAAUGGUCACCGGUGGCGCAGCACGACUACCAGCGCACACUGGAGGCGUUCCAGUUCAUCGUCCAACUACCGAUGACCGCCAUGACGUACUCGGCCCAGCGCAUGAUCUACACGCUGUACCAGCGGUGCAGCCGGCUGGAAACGGGGACGGAUCGCGAAGGUCUCAACGCGCUCCGCCACAUACUGCUCGAUCUCGGCGGCUGGCAGGUGAUCGACGAGGACCGCCGGCACUACUGGGAUCUGCGGGAAAAUCUUCGCCGCGUACAACCCAUGUACGGCGCGGCGCCCUUCUUCAAGCUCGGCGUUGACACCCGCAACGAAGCGCCGUACGACUAUAUGAUCACCGUGACCGAGGGCAACCUGGGGCUACCGAGCAUGGAGUUCUACAACCUCAAGGAGAGCCACCCGAUCAUUCAGGCCUACCACACGCUGCUGAUCAACAUACUUUCGCACAUGGUAGUAACCUCGACGGAAAACGCGCAGGAGUUUGCGAGCAAAAUCUACAACUACGAGAAGCGCAUCGCGACCAGCGUGAUGCGCGCGGUGCGGUUCGAGAAGUAUUACCACACCCAUCCGCAGGUGCAAACGUUGCACCAGGUGGGGGUCGUGGCACCGUCGCUGCCGAUCAUGGAAGCGGCCCAGGCCAUGUUCAAGGGCAAGAAGAUUACCGAGAACACGCCGGUGAUGGUGUCGAGCCCGGGGACGCUGCGGGCGAUAUCGCAGGUGGUGGCGACCAGCGACAAGGAGGUGCUGAACGAUUACUUCAUCUGGACGGUGAUCUGGCACUUUGCACCGUUCGUGUCGCGCGAGUUCCGCGUCUCGGUGCACCAGUUCGAGCAGGCGGUGCACGGGGCCAAGGAGCGCGAACCGAUGUGGUACUUCUGCGCGAACCUCGUCCGCCAGUGGAUGCCGUACGGGUUGCAGGCGUUGCGCGAGAACACCUCGCUGAUCGUACCGGAACAGCGUAGCAGCUCCAGCGGCUCCCUGCUCCCCGACAAGCCCAUGUUGCAGCAGAUACUGCGCACGAAGCGUCAGCUAUCGCCUCCAUACCAGCACCAGCAGCAGCAGCAGCAGCAGCAGCAAGGGCACGCGAGCACCCUACCGCUGGAUUCGUUCGAGAUCGGCGGUACACUGGACGGUGAUGACGCUGGCGAUGGGUCGGCGAGAAUCGAGGCGGACAGCCUGUACGACUAUCAGGUGGCCGAGCGCAUCAGCUACGACGACGAGCUGGUGAAGCUGAUCUUCUACCACCUGCGCGGCGAGUACAAGCGAGCGCUGGCGAAUGCACCGUGGGUGUACGAGGAGCUGGCGCACUAUCUGAUCGAGAAGCUGGACACGCUGCGGGUGCAGAUCGGCAUCCCGCCGGAGCUGCUGCGGAGCGAGCUGCUGCUGAACGACUACUACGAGCAGCUCGUGCUGGACGGGCUGCUGUUUAUUAACAACGUGAAGAACCAGUGGGACUUCACCAAGCGCCAGAUGAACCGGAUGCUGGACAAUCAGACCGAGGCCGAGCGCAUCCUGGCGGAGAUGUACCCGGCGCGCUCGUCGGGCGAGCUGCUGCGCGUGCAGCUGCAGCAGGGCCGUAACCACGAUCACCACCGGAGCCCGCUGGUGGACCCACUGGUGCGGUACUCGAUCGGGCUCAACAUGGUGAUCGUGUCGCGGCAGCGCAUCCAGCCGCCAUACUUUAGCCAUCACUACCCAAUCUCCGUUAACUUCGCUCGUUUCGGAAUGGACAUUAGCUAUGUGCUGCAAAUGACCCUGCACACGCUCACGGAGCAGUUCCGGAACGUGGAGGCUCACGAAAAGUACCGAGAUGCCGUCAGUCCAGGCCCGAAACCGGAAAACGUUUUCUAUGACGAGGCGCAAAAGUGUAUGGUUAGAGCAUUCAACUACGUACCGUUCAUUGGGCGUACCAUGAACGAAACGCGGCUCAAUCUGUACCUAAAGCUGUCGGCGGUGGCCAUGGCGACGCAGGCGUUUGGCUCGCUGCUGGCCAAGAUCGAGCGCAACGAGCGCAUCUACGAGAGCGAUAUCUCCGAGAAGACGACGUACGAGAUGCUGGGUUUGGACCGGCACCGCCGGUUGCCUGGGCUGCAGCCGUACGACGAGCACCAGCUGUUCACGCUCGUCUUCUUCCAGCGGCACUGCUCCGUCAACCACGACCGACACAAGGUGCCGAAGCUGCUGAUGGAGAACGACAUCACCGAACAUGACCGAUUCCACUUCUUCUGGAACCGAAUAGCGUCGUUCGGGUCUUCGUUUGAUUGCAAGACGGAGGAUUACGGUGGGGACGAUGCCGCUGGUGAUGGCGUUACCAAAGGUCGUUGCAGCAAUGUUCUUUGA